GAGAGAGAGAGAGAGGAUGGAGGGAUUACGUCUCUCUGACUCUAUAGUAUAGGGGUGGUGGGAGUGGUCUAAAGUGACAUACUGAGAGCCUGUGUAGACCCGGUUUAAAAUUAUCUCUGCAGCUGAGAGGCACUUUAAACCCGCAUUUAUUCAGCACCUGCGUGGCUGCCAGAGGCCAGUUUUCAUCCAGCAAAACCUGCACGAACUGUAAAAGUCCUCCAUUCGUCUUUCAAGAUAACAGGAAUAGAGCCAAUGAACAUUACUCCUGUCCUGCUUCACUGGCAGCAAUAAACAAUGAAGAUUGAAAACAGCCUGACUUGCCUCCCUGAGGUGCCUCCACACACUGGACUACAGUUCACUGUGGCUACCGAGGAAGACUUUGAUGACAUCAUGGCCAUAAGUCAGGACAUCUAUGGUGGCCUAGACUACCUUCCCACCCGCUAUCAGGCCUGGUUGCAGGAGACAAACCGUACUGUCAUCCUUGCUCGCAAGCAAGGCAAAGUGAUUGCACUUGAGUCAGUAUGUGUUAUUGACGAUGGAGAAACUAUGCUGGUGGAAGGCCUCCGUGUGGCCCCUCAGGAGAGGGGCAAGGGAGUUGCGCGGGUGCUGCUCCGCUUCUGUUCUCAACAUAUUAAAUCCAAGUAUCCUGAAGUUAAAGUGUGCAGGCUGACAAGAGAUGACCAGCUGGGGCCCAAGGACUUCCAGAAGUACAGGCUCAUCACUAAACAGGGAAUCCUGCUGGUACGCUUCUGUGCUGAAGACCUCAAGUUACGCCUCACUGAUGUUGGGCUUAAUGUGGGUAUAGAUGGAGAUGGCCUUGCUCCUUCCAGCACCCCAGUGAGGUUAGAGGCUGCAGAUGUCCAGCAGCUUUUUUUGAGCAGUGAAGCAAUGCAGGAUGUACUACCUAAUGGCACCAUUGUGCAAGACUGGCAGCCCUUCAAGCCCAUGCCCAGCAAUAUGGAGAUCCUGUUGAAGAAAGACAUCGAUUGGAUGGUGGAUGAUACCCGUUGCCCAUCUAUGGCCAGCCUGUGCACUUUCCCCUUUCGUGUACCGAUUGGUGACGACUGGUACUACCUCAACAUUGACAUGUUUGGCAAAGAUCUGGCUCUGGCUGUGCAGCAGCUCCUAUGUCACCUGAGGUGCCACACUAGCACACUGAAGGGCUAUGUGAUGUGCCAGGUUUUCCUGGACCCACCUCUAUGGAAACCCAUGGCUGAUUUCUUCAGGGAGACCUUGAAAGUGGAGAUGGUGAAGGAAUACACAGAGCAAUGUGUAGUGGAAUCCGACUUGGUGUAGCAAGAGGAUGGCUGUCAGCUAAAAUUUAGGGGUCCGACAUUUGGAGGCCAAACAUUAGAACAUGGAAAAGCUUUGACAUCACUCAAAUGGUUUCCUUUCAUAUUUUGCCCCAGAACAAAACCUUUAUCCUAUAUAUAGACAAACUAAGAUUUAAAAAUGUCCUUCUAGAAAUUAAGUUAGUUAAAUUAGCUUAAGUUAGUUUAAUAAUGCAUCAUCACUGCAAAAAAGGAAAGCAACAAUUUGGUAAAAUAUAAUACAUAUGCAACAAUUAAAUUUGUUAGGAACACUGACCAUAUUCGAGAAUAUAGUACAGUGUGUGUAUGUGUGUGAAUAAACACAUGCUGAGUUGCAAAUAAGACUGCACAAUCUUUAGGCACUUUAUGAAAAUCUAAAUAUAAUAUCUCACUGCAGACAGUGAGAUGUUUGCUUUAGAGACUGUUUUGUCUGAAUGUUGUACAGUAGCUGCUAAUGUUAACUUUUUUAAUAAUCUUAUAAUACCCAAAAUAAAAUGUAAAAACCUUUUGUUUUGUUUACUCAUAUUUUAAGUGGCAUUUACUCCAACUUUAUUUAACAUUUAAAAAAAAAACUUUCUGCUGGUUUACUGGCAUUUACUGUAAUGGCAUGCAAAAUAGGACAGACAGAGAAGGUUGGUCAUAAUGUUAGAUAAGUCCUUAUUUUAUGCACUGAACCUUAUUUAUUAGCAUUAAUGUGAUCUCCUACUAUACAGUUGGCAGCUGCAAUAUGAAGUUUAUACAAUGUAAAACCAAGAUAGAUGUAGUGUAUUCAAUACAGUUAUGCCAAUAUACCUUUUUGGUCAUGUGUUGGAUUAGUUUAUAUGAUUCAAAACAAAGUUUGGAUUUUGGUUAGUACAUUAAUAUGUUUUUUAUUUGUCAUUUAACAAAAUAAUUUAGUUAACAACCUAAUGAACGGGUAUAUUUAUGUAAUUGUCAUUUAACUGAAAGAUUAUGAUUAAGACAACAUGAACUAGUAGCAUUUAGAACUAGACAUGAUCAUAACAAGUCACACUGUCACUAUUAAUGGGGUUUUGUUAGCAAUCCAUUUGAGAAGAUCUCUAAAGCACUUGUUUUGAGUACAUAUGAAGAGCCUCAUAUUUUUGUCCAUCAAAAUGCUUGAUUUUGGGAAAUGAAAAACAGAGAUUUGAUAACGCACAAAUAUGUUUUGUACAGUACCAGUGUUGUUAUCUAGUGAUUGCAACAGCUUAUUCCACAUUUAGUUAAUCGAUUACUGCCUCAGUGAAUUCAACCUUCUCAUCAGGACACAACUAGAAUAAUCAAGAACUUGACAGCCAUUUUCAAUUUCAAAAUAAAUGUUUUAGAGAGCAACAUUUCGUUCAGCAAGUUAACACCUGAGAAACAUUUACCAGCAUUUCCCAUAUUUGAAGCCUCAAUUGGUACACGGUACCCUGAAAAAGAAAAAAAAAAACAGGAACAGUCACAAACCCAAAUUGUACUCCAUCUGUCACUAGAAGAGUUUGGAAGAAUCAACUGCUGAGUGUUUAUAAAUAGCAUCCCAUGCAACACAGAACUAAGCCUCUGACUGGCCCUGCAAUUGAGAAGACACACAGAGGAUUCAAAACCAACAGAAACCAAGCAAAGAAGGUUAUUGUUGAGCAAAAGAAGUCUUUUUGCCAUUCUCAGAAAAUUACUUCAACUGAUCCAAAACAUCCAAAUAGAACUAAAUGUCCACAGUCUGCAUAAGCAAUUAUACACAAUUAUACAAUCAUCUCUACCAGCAUCCCCUGCCAUAAAUGGCUAAUGGGCUGAGUUUUCCAAAAGCAUUGCAAAGGUUAAAUUCAUCUUAAAUAAGAAAGAGUGUUCAAUAUAAUGCUGGCUCUACCCUUUGCCAGUGCUUUUUGUGCUGUGAUGCUUUUGGGGAAGUACGUUCUUGGUUACCAAAUUUGGUAAAGUAAAUGGUUGUGAUCUGAGCAUGUACAAACAACCAUAAUAUCUUUACUGGCUAUUCUGUCAAUGAAUAUGUUUUUGUUGACAGUGAAGUUGAGUAAUGAGGAUAUAUGAGAUUCCAAAACCAUUUGCUAAAUAUCACACAUAAUCAGAUAUUUAUACCCUGUUAAAAACCAACCCUCAUGAAAAAAUCAUGCCGGCAAGCGAAGUUUCCCUGUAUUCCAAUUAAUGCACUAAACAUACAAAUUGUCCUAAUCUGGACCAUUUGUAAUUUUUUAGCUUGGUUCUUAAGUAUUAGCAUUUAGUUCCUUUCAUGAGAUAAUGUUACCUCUAUAUUCCAAUCAAGACAAUGUUCCUAUUAGGUUAAAAUGUUUUCAGUAUUUUUACAGUAUCUACUCAGUUUUGUUUUUAUGGUUUUAUGGUUUUUAUGUUUUGUUUUUUGAAACAAUGUUUUAUCCAAUGAGAAAAUGAGAUUUCCUUCUCCACCUUUGGACUGCAUAAUGUGUUGUUAUGACUAAUAUGCACAGUCCAUCAAAUGUCCCAAACACCUGGUCCAUUUGAUCAGAAUAUCAGAAAUGUAGUCUGAUUUUAUCUAACUAUUCAAGUUUCUGAGUUUAUAAUUGUUAUGAUAUAUCAAGAGGGACCAUCAAAGGAAAGACCUGCUUCUAAACAUUUAUCCACACUUCAUGCAACAUCUAGUUAUACAGAAACUCUGUGUCAGAUUUAGACACGUAUAAAGCAGUUUCUCUUGAAUAAUCAUGAACAGUGUAACCAUUUAUGAAGCUCUAAUCAGGAUGUAUUUAAACACUAAAUUUCCAGUCAAUUUACUUUAUGUAUUUAGUAUGUAGUACAUGAAGAAGUCUAAACAAACAGAGAUCAGAAGCAAACUAGAUUAAAUAAAGCAUGGGUUCAACCGCAGUACUGUAUCAACUACAGUUUAAGUAUUGUUUGAUAUCUGAUUUAAAACCGAAGAAUCCUAAAAACAGAAAUAAGUGUUUAAGUUUAAAUUCUGAUUAGGGCUGAUUAUCAAUCUGUAUUUUCAUUUGACAGCAUGGUAAGCAAGGUCACAUGUUUGGAAAAUAUACUGUCUUUUAAAAAAAUAUAUUGGCCUACAGAAAUUGCUCAACCUGUUCUAGUCAGUGAAGGUUGUGUUCAUUUAUAGGAAAACAAUAACAGUUUCAUUUCUAAUUUAUAGUAAAGCAGCACUUUAUGGCCAUUUACCAAAAUUGGAAGUAUAUUGAAAAACCAUAAUUCUCAAAGUGGGUUUCGUGAACCACAGCCAGGGGAGGUGUUGAUUUUAUGUUUCGUUAAAGUGGUAGAAAUAACAACCCAUCAUUAUCACAGUUAUUAAAUUAGUUAAUUUGUUAUCAUCUUGGAUAUUUAAUAAACAAUGUCACAUUUUGUUAAAUCUAAUGAAAGUUUUAAUAAAAAUAUUCUGUGGAUUUGGGAAAGUCUGAGAAGAAAAAAUCCUUUGGCUCUACUUGGUAGCCAAAAUGGUUCACUGGCUGGAAAGGUUUUUGAACCCUGAUCUAGUUAAUGGGUAGCUGUGUUCUUGUUGCAUAUGGAGUAAGAUUGUUCUUUUAAAACAACUUUCUAGCAUUGUACAUUUUCUCUUUUGGGUUUUUUUGCUGGCAAAUCUCAAAAUAAUGUAUGAGUAAAGAAGACAAUAGCACCUUUUGAGUGCCAGUGACAUAUCUGUGCUUCAGUAUAGUUUAUAGGCAAAGCAUUGGUAAUUGAAUUAAGGAUAUGGAUUGUAAGUGUGUGGUUGUCUUUUUAAGUACUUGAAUGUAUAUCAUAAACACUAUUCAUAACAGUGUUCCAACAGCCAGUACCAAGAUGGUUACUUGAAAUGUUAUGAAUAUCUGUAUGAUUUUGAGGGGGUCAUGGUAUUCUUGUCUUGUGGUAAUUUUUCCUUUUCCUUUUUCUUUUUUGUAUUAUUAUCUCCCAUCCACUCUUAUUUGAUAAAAUUGAAAGAAUGGUAGUGGGAGUAGCUAUUGGUGAUUUAUAAGCAUGCGUUAUCUGUGUUAUAGGAAUUUUGCUAAUUGGCAUUGAAGUGACAGCUAUGAGGCACAUAUAAAGUGGAACCACUUUUCUUGUGUUAGGACAGAAAAUAGUUGCAGAUUGAGGUCAAAGGCAUAACCAGUAUAAUGAAAUGGACAGAUGGUACGGAUAGGAUGUAUGGCGGAUAUUAUGUUACAAGAAGACAGCUAUAGUACAUUGGUCGGCAUAAGCAGCAGUCAGUAAUUAAUGAUCAUAGUAAUCAGCAGUAAUUCAGUAAAUCAUAGUCCACAGUUUGUCUCAAAGAUAGUACAAUCUUUGAGACAUUAUUUAUUAUUUUACCAAAUCAGUAGGUAAGCUUAGAAAGAGGUAACAAAUAAGAUCUUAAGGAUCCCAAGAGCUUAGAUUACCUUAUCGUGCCACUAAGACAGAGUGAAACAGGAUCUAUUGAGUCCUUUGUGGUGUCAACUUGCUGAAAUAGAGCCUGUUCAGGGUGGAGGUGCCUUUCAGCAAACCUUCACUCUGGAAACUUGAAUGGAAAAAAUGACCAAGUGAAGUAAAAGGAAUUAUCAAGCUCUAUUCUUUUCAUUUCCUAAUUCCUUUGAAUGUCAUUGUUUGCAUCAUUAUAUGUUUAAAAGAAAGGGUAUAAUAUAAUGGUUACCAUAUGGUGUCCAGUAACACUUGCAGUGACAUAGGCAUUUUCUGGGUAAGAUUGGAUACACCUGUAAUAAGUUAUUUCUCUGUAAUAUGUUUAAGUAUCUUGUGUCUGUGAUUUUAGAAAUCGACUGUAAUAUAUUAUAUUAUAUUAUAUUAUAUUAUAUUAUAUUAUAUUAUAUUAUAUUAUAUUAUACAUAACAUAUGUUAUAAUAUACCUUAGUUCUGCAGCUGCACAACUGAAUCCUAAAAUGUUUUUAUUUUAUUUUAUUUUUUUUAUUAGCUUUGAUAUUUAAAAUCCAUGCACGUUGCAUUCAAAGCACAAGAAACUGUGUGAGUUAUACUUUCUUGUAACUUCCUGUAUCAGUCAUGGUCAUUCAGUGGUCCAGAAAUUUCCUCAGGUGGUUCCUCUAAAGACAUAAUGUUUUAAUUGUACACAUUGCAUCUAAGAACAUUUUCUAUUAGGUGUAUAUUUCCACAACAACAUUGGAAAUGUCCAAACCUGUAUGAGUUAAUACCAAAGGCUUUAGUUUAAGACUAAAGCCAAAGGUGCACCUAAGAUUAUCAUGGACCCUAUAGGGUCCUUUCACUAAUCUGCUCUGUUUAAGAGCAAUUAGUAUAGAUGCCCACAUAAAGAUAACACAUGUAAAGUGAAAAUGGUUGAUGUGCCUGAUAGAGAUUUCUGUGAUUUUAUCUGAAAAACAAGUUUUCUUACAGACAUGGUCAUUACCAUAAUAAUGCUAGAGUUUUUAGGUCCAACUAAAUGACCAUAGUCUGGUUUAAUGAAUCUGGUUUGGAGGUGAUAAACACAGUAACUCUUUAUAAGUAUAGCUACGGUUCUUAUUUACUUUUGCAAGGAAGGAGUUUUUGUGUGUAUGUAACCCAUUCCCUUGAUGCAGCAGUAACAGCUAUGUUUUUCCAAAAAAAACUCUCACCAUUGCAAAUGGAUACACAAAUUAUAUUUAGUGUGUUGCUACUCAAAGAAAAUCUGAUUUAAAUAAAGAAAUUACACAGUGAUAUACUUGAAAUGGAUCCAGGUGGGAUCUCCAUUGGAAAAACCUAAAGCGUUAUUGUACAUCGAGGGGGUGAACAGUUCCAAUGCCAAUGCAAUGUGAGGCAAUGUGACUUAAUUUUUAAACAACACUUUUCUAUAACCCAAUAAGACUGCUUUUUCAAGCAGUGUUUGAAAAUGAAUUGAUUUUUUUGGUUGAAAUUGUGUGAGUUUUUGAAUUAUUUUUUUUUUUUAACUUUGUGACAAAACAAUUUCAAAUACAUAUUUCAUAAAAAAAAAUCAAGCCCCGAGAAAUCAUUGGCAUGUGUUGUGUGAGUUGGGUUGGUGGGGGUUGGUAGGGUGGGAAAUUCAGGGGUCUGGCAGGUGCUGUCAUGAAACAUGUGGCUAGGUUUACACUAAAUGUAAGCCAUUUAAAUCCAUUUUAAUUCUAGAGAUUUUCUAACACAUUCAAUAAGAUGGCUUCAGAUUUUUGACCACAUAAGUAAAGCAGUCAUUAGGAUACAAGCAUAUAGAUUUAUCAGCAAUAACACACACACACACACACAUAUUCACUGACAUGUAUUUUUUGUGUGUGUGAACCUAGCCAUUCUAUAUUUUGAAAGCUGUACAGAUAUUGGCUCUGGUAAAGGUAGAGAUAUUAGUAAAACAUUUCUUUUUUUUGUCUGUUUGCAUUAUAUUAAUAUUGUAUAGCUAUGUUCUUGUAUGCAUCUGAACCUCUCUUUCUGUAAUCUACUCAAUGGUUUAGGAAUGUUUGAAUUUAAACAAUAUAAAUAGUAGAGAUAUAUUUAGAUUUAAGAUACAUCAGCAUUUAUAACUUAGAUAUGUUGGGGUAAAUUAAACGCUUUAGUUGCUGUUGAUUUUGUCAUGUUAGUUAAAAAAUUAUGUACAGAAAAACAAAUUCUAGACUCUAGCUUGUUUUUUUUUUUUUUUGCUUUUAAUUUUGCUUUUGUUAUGUUUUGUUUUAUAUGUUAACUUCUGUUUGUUUAUGCAAGGUGUUAAAAAGAGAAUGUCAGAAUAUAAUUUUAAGCACCUCUAUAUAAUGACAAAUAGAGUAGAUAACAAGGUCAUUUUUUUAGAAUUUCUUUAGCCACGAUAAUUUGCAUGUUUUAUAAAUUACCCUUAAUGACUAAUGCAACCCUAAUGCAUUAUGGAUGAUAGCAUCUAUUUUGGUGAAAUCCGUGCAAAAUCAUUUUGGAUAUAUUCAUCCAAACAUGUUAAUUCCUCUUUUUUCAUUUUGGCGUACAGUUUAAGAAUGGAAAAACAAUACUAAACGUUUAAAGGUUUUUAGCUAAAAUGCAGUUAAAAUUUGAGGAAACAAGUGCUUGUUGCACUUUACCUUCAUGUUUUAUGUCAGAAUCUAUUAAAUUUAUUUUGUCAUAUAUAAAAUUUGGAAAUAGUCAAAAAAGUGAUAUGCAAGUGCAUGUUAUUUCUUAAAAAUCUAAAUAUAAUAACAUUUAUUGUAGUGAAAUCUAUCAUGUGUAGGAACAAACUUUUUAAAGAGGUGAUUGUACAUCAUCCUGCUUAAAAUAUAUAAUGCCCUGGAGGUAUUUUUUGAAUUAAAGCGAUUGAACAUGGAGUACAGAAGCUGCAGUUUCAGAGAUACUUAACAAAUCUGCAGUGUUCAGCACAGUGUGUGGUUAAUGGAACACCAUGUUAUUCCAGUCUGUUAUUAUUUUUGUAUUUUUUUUUGGUAGCAUUCUUAGGCUGUUGUGUAUAAAAUUAAUAUAGUAUAAAUGCUACAUUUGCUGUACUACAAAGUUUGUCAAGAUCAUGUUAGGUAAGAUAACUUAUUCAAAUUAUUUAGAGAACUGUGUAUGAAGUACAAUAUUUGUACAGGCUUAUUAGUUCAAAGCCACAAUCAGGGAUUUAAGAACAAGCACUGAAAUGGAAAAUAUGACUUUAGUGAAAAUCAGAUCUAUGGAAAAAACAAACAGUGACAUAAGAUAACUACAUAAGACCAAAUGAAUAUAGUCUAAUUUUAGAUGUUGCACUCUUGCACUCUUCUGGCUCAAAUUAAACAGAGCAAAAAUCAGACAUAAAUAGAUGAUCCCUUAUUGUGGCAUUAAAACGGGGGCUUUGCUUGAGUUUUUGUGACUUAUUAAUGAAAGUAACAUCUAAGGAGCCUGCUGAGGAUGUGUUAAGUAGGGGGGCAAAUAGCUCCCAUUUUAAAGAACAAAUAGCCUUAUACGGAACUGGAGCAUUUAUUGCUACUUGCUGUGGUUACAGUGGACACAGUGUUAUAUUGUAGCAUAGCUGAAGUCUAUGUUGUUUAUGUUGAUAGUGAAAGGUUUUAUGUAGUUGUUCUUUAAUUAGAUCAGAUUCAGUGGUAGUAUUGUGUGUGUACCUAGUUUGUGAAAUGUACUGCAGCACCUAACAUUUUCUUUUUAAGUAGAAGAUACAGUACCCCCUAAAAUAUUCUUCAAGAUUCAUCAUUAAACAAAGACGUAUACUUGAA